AUGCUGUGUAUAUUGAUCCGAAGUUGGGGAAGAUUGGGUCUGGCCAAGUACGUCACUGAGGUUUUCGGACAGAUGUCUUUCCUGGGUUUGAAACCAACUACUCGUGUCUAUAAUUCUGUCAUUUAUUCCCUGGUCAAAUCAAAUUCUCUCGACUUGGCUUAUUUCAAAUUCCAGCAGAUGCUCUCAGAUAAUUGUCAACCAGAUCGAUUCACUUACAAUUUUCUUAUCCAUGGUGUGUGUAAGUUGGGCAUAAUUGACGAGGCCCUGCGUCUCCUGAAGCAGAUGGAGAGUUCCGGAUAUUGGCCAAAUGUUUUUACGUAUACAAUGUUAGUUGAUGGUUUUUGUAAUGCGAAAAAGAUUAGUGAAGCUUUCAGAAUUCUGACGGUGAUGAGGAAGAGAAACAUUGUUCCAAGUGAAGCCACAUAUAGAUCUUUGGUCCAUGGGGCCUUUCGAUGUUUGGACCCUGGCAAGGCCUAUGAGAUGUUGAAUGACCUUCUAGACAAGGAGCCAAUCAUGUGCAAGCAUUCUUGUAAUACUGUGUUGUAUUGCCUUUGCAAGAAUAAUAUGUCGAAAGAGGUCAGUGAAUUCCUGAAAAAGAUAACCCAAAGAGGUUAUGUCCCAGACACUGCAUCGUUCAGUAUUAUCAUGGGUUGCCUAGUAAAAGAUUUUGGCACUACUGCACUAUGUAAUUUAUUAGAUGAUUUUAUUCUGCGAGGUGGGAAACCUGGAUUCGAUACUUAUCUUAUGAUCAUCUCUGCUUUAUGCAAUGCAGGAAGAGUGGACUUGGGAAGAAAAUAUGUUAAUCAGAUUAUCUCAGAUGGACUUGUAUGCAAUGUGAUAUCGUACAACAUGCUAAUUGACUGUUUCUGCAAAGCCAAAAUGAUGGAAAAUGCAAUGGAAAUCUUCAAAGAAAUGCAGACCAGGGGUUUUCUUCCGAACAUUGUCUCUUUCAAUACAUUAAUUAGUGGUUAUUCAAAGGUUGGAGACACUAACAAGUCACGGGAACUUUUGAAAAUGCUCCUGCAGCAUGGAUUUAGACCAGAUGCUUUCACUUUUAGCUCAAUAAUAGAUGGUCUUUGUCGUGCUCAUCAAAUUGAAGAUGCACUUGAGUGCUGUAAAGAGAUGAGUGAAUGGUAUGUCUCACCAAAUUUGCUGAUAUAUAAUAUAUUGAUCCGGUCUCUUUGUGCCACCGGACAGGUUCAUCGGUCAAUGAAGCUACUUUCAAAAAUGAAGGCUGAUAACAUCGAGCCUGAUAUUUAUUCCUUCAAUGCCCUCAUCUUUAGCCUUUGUAAGAUGAAAAAGAUUGAGAAGGCUGGGGAUCUUUUUGGUUCCAUGUUGCAACAUGGUGUAACCCCAGAUCAUUAUACACAUCAUGCUUUUAUCGAAGCUUUAUAUGAUAUGAAUAAAGUUGACGAGGCCAAAGAAAUUAUUGCAGCAAUGGAGGCUAGUGGAUGUAGCCCAAAAUUUCACGAUAAUCGUUCAAUUAUUGAUUCACUGUGCACUUCAGGAUGCUUGGGGGAGGCUCAUGAGUUGGCCAGAUAG